AUGGCCGGCCAGGGGGGCGCCGCGGAGGACCGGGAGCCGCUGGUGGAGGUGCGCCUGGGCGAGCGCCGCUUCCCGCCGGUGCGCCAGAGGCGGCUGGUGGAGCAAAGCGACUACUUCCAAGCGCUCUACCGCUCGGGCAUGCGGGAGGCGGCGGCGGAGGCCGAGGAGGCGGCGGAGGCGGCGGGGGGCGCCCGCUUGGCGGUGCAGCGGCUGCGCGGCGGGCUGAGCGCGGCGGGGCUGGCGCGGGUGCUGCGCUUCGUCGAGACGGCCCGGCUGGAGGAGGAGGCGGGCGAAGAGGCGCUGGCCGAGCUGGUGGAGGCCGCCUCCUUCCUGCAGGUGAGGCCCCUGCUGCACCUGUUGAGCUCCCGCCUGCGCCUGCCCAACUGCCUGCACCUGCACCACCUGGCCCAGGUCUACGGGCUGGCCGAGCUGGCCCACGCCUGCCUGGACUUCAUGGCCGGACGGCUGCACCAGCUGCUGGCCCAGCCCGAGGACUGCCCGCUGCACCUGCUGCCCACCGGCCUGGCCCAGCAGCUGCGCCAGCACCGCCACCGUGGCCGGCCCGCCCUGCUGCUCCUGGGCGCCUUCCUGGACCGGCCACCGCUGCUGCGCUACCAGGAGGAUGAGCGGCGCUGGGAGCCACUGCCGCCUGCCGAGCUGCCCGCCCAGCUGCUCCAGGUGCGCGGCUUCGGCUCGGCCACCCUGGACGACUACCUGUUUGUGGCGGGCGGCUACCGGCCCGGCAGCCAGGAGAUCGCGGCGGCGCACCGCUACAACCCCUGGCUGAAGGAGUGGCGCCCGCUGGCCUCCCUGAACCAGAAGAGGGCUAAUUUUAAGCUCCUGGCCGUGAGUGGAAAAUUAUACGCCGUCGGGGGCCAGUCGCUCUCCAGCGUCGAGUGUUACAACCCGGAGCAGGACUGGUGGACCUUCGUGGCGCCUUUACCAGCUCCCCUUGUGGAGUUCUCAGCGUGUGAAUGCAAGGAGAAGAUCUAUGUCAUGGGAGGCUACACUCCAAGAGACCGGAAUCUGAAUAUCUGGGAAUAUUGUCCCGUCUCUGACAAGUGGACUAACUUCGAAACCUGCGGAACGCACCUCCGCAAGCAGCAAAUGUUGUCGGUGGAGGAGACCAUCUAUAUCGUGGGCGGCUGCAGCCACGACUUGGAUUCCAAGACGAGAUCCGGUCAGAACGAGGCUAUGUUGACUGUGCAGUCUUACAACGUGGUUACCAAAGAGUGGCUCUACCUCAAAGAAAACACCUCCAAAUCGGGCCUCAACCUGACUUGCACUUUGCACAACGACGGGAUUUACAUCCUGAGCAGAGACAUCACUUUGUCCACAAGCCUGGAGCACCGGGUUCUUCUGAAAUAUAAUAUAUUUUCAGACCGGUGGGAGUCACUGAGAAAUUUCCCCAUCCCCGGUCAAAACAUGUUGAUCUGUUCUUUGUAUUUCCCAGAUCUGAGCUGA